UAAAACAAACGGACACUCGAUUUUCGCGUUGAGAUGUCAGAAUGUGAUUUUGGUGCAAUGGAAGCGGCAAACACUAUUGUGGAAGCUGUACAGAGCCAGAACGAAUGUGAAUUACAUCUUCUUCUUGAGAAGAGUGGAGUUGAUUUAAAUGAAAAGGACCAGAUGGGUAGAACUGUAUUAUUCCAUGCUGCGUGUAGAGGAAAUUCGGAAAUAACAAAGUUACUAUUGGAAAACGGUGCAGAUGCAACGGUAUUUGACAGAAAUGGCAACACGCCUUUACAUUUGAGCGGUUACUGUGAGAUUAUUGAUUUGCUUGUUUCCUAUGGAGCUGAUGUUAAUGCAAGAAAUAAAGCAGGAUUGAGGCCUAGGCAGAUGGCAGAGAAAAGAGGAGUUGCUACAGAUGUUAUUCAUCACUUCCGUAGGUUAGAAAAAUCAUCCACAAAAGAGAGACAAGAGACUCUGUCUGUGAUCGUCACAUUCUUUAAGGAGAUUCACCAGGAGCUGGGUGUGAGAUACACCCUCCUCUUCAUCCUUGGAUUGCUCUUUGUUGUUUUAUACAUAACUUUUACCAUUACAGGAAUGUCUAGACAUUUUGAGACCAGAGAUCCUAUCAUCGUUGAGACAGAGAGCAUUAAAAUCUGAUGUCAAAAUAAUCAGAAUUAUUGAAUUUUCUGGAUAUUGGGGAAUAACCUUAAUUUGUAUCUCAAGUUUUGAGCAUACAUAAAUUUUAAGAAGACUGGUCAUAUCAUGUGUACUUACAUUCAUGCAUUUCAAAAAAUCUUCUGCACAUAGAGAGAUGAUCGUAGUUGACAGUUUUUAGCUAACCUGAGCUGAAAGCUCAAGUGAGCUAUUCUGAUCACAUUUUGUCUGUCGUCCGUCUGUCCGUCCGUCCGUAAACUUUUCACAUUUUCAACAUCUUCUCAAGAACUACCAGGCCAAUUUCAACCAAACUUGGCACAAAUCAUCCUUAGGCAAAGGGGAUUCAAAGUUGUGAACAUUAAGGGUCACACCCGUUUUCAAGGGGAGAUAAUUAUAAAUUAAUGAAAAAUUUCGAGAAAUUUUCAAAAAUCUUCUUCUCAAGAACCAGAAAGCCAGGAAAGCUGAAACUUGUGUGGAAGCAUCCUCAGGUAGUGUAGAUUCAAAGUUG